AAUAACGUCAUUUACGUAGAAAACCAAUGGCUCAACCUCAAAUUCCUCAAAAGAACUCAUAUACCUUCUGGCUUUAUGAAAGCCUGAGUGCGCAGACACUAAUCUGAAGCAUCAUCUCGUGUUUUUGUGCUCUUAGAUUCUUUGAUAGUGUUCAAAGUCUACACAAGGUUUGAGUGAUGGGGAAGGACUCAAAAUCAAAGGAAGCAAAGGGAAAGGGCAAACAAGCUGGAGGUGGAAGCGAUGAAAGUGCUUCAAAGGGUAAAGGGAAAGCUGGGAAGGGAGAUGGCCUUGGCACCUGCACUUACGUUAAAGCAAGGCACAUCUUGUGCGAGAAGCAAGGGAAGAUCAAUGAAGCGUACAAGAAACUGCAAGAUGGUUGGCUUAGCAACGGUGAUAAGGUCCCACCAGCUGAAUUUGCAAAGGUAGCUCAAGAAUAUUCUGAAUGCCCUUCAGGGAAGAAAGGUGGAGAUUUAGGAUGGUUUCCGCGGGGUAAGAUGGCUGGUCCGUUUCAGGAAGUUGCCUUUAACACAGUCAUUGGAGCUACCAGUGCACCUUUCAAAUCUACACAUGGAUACCAUAUCAUCCUAUGUGAAGGGAGGAAGAAUUGAAGCGAGCCAAGAUACAGUCAGGCAGUGAAGAUGAGUUUUAUGUUCUAUAUUAAUGUAGACAUGAAGUAUGUUCAGUUUGAAAUAUUAUCCAAUGAUUAUUCUUCGGAUUUGCAACUGGGAUAAUGCUUCUUGUUGUUGAAAAAUGGCCUGUAAGUUGAUCUUGGAAUGUUUGAUGCCAAGAUAUUUUACAUGUUUUCACAUUUCAAGGUUUUUGGUGGAAGAUGAUUUGAGAAAUAAAGGCAGAAACAAAGUUUAUAUA